AUGAAUACAUGCAACUCUGUCAGAGGAGCCCCAUGGAAGGUUGUAGAUGUUGGUGAUGUCCUCGAAGUAGGUGUAAGCGGUGGUGGCAUCGCCAACGUACUCGACAAGCUUAGCUGGCAAGUGGGUGGACCAGAUCGCAGCAGUGACUGCCUGUCCAACACCGGCACCAAUAGAGCUGUACAACGAGAGAACAGAAAUGGUGGAGGCCAUGUCCUUGUGGGGAACACAGGCCUGGGCAGCGACCUGGGUUCCCAUAACAAUAACAGAGUCACCAAUAGAAACGAUAACGUAACCGGCAACUAUGAUUCCAAGCGAUGGUCCAUUCUCCAUCUGGGUGGACUUAACCAUCAAUCCAAGAGCGAUCAAUCUCAUAAUAGUACCAGUCACUUGGAAAACCUUGUAACGGUGAGUCCAUCUGAAGAACAGACCCCAGAUAACACCAAAGGCACACAGACCCAUGGUCUCGGUGUUGCUCAACCACAUGUAACCACCCAUCUGGUACAAGAAAUCAAUGAAAACACAGCAGAUGAAAGUUCUGUUGAUGAGCACACGCUUUGGCAGCAAUGGGUAAGGAGCAAACCAGAUGUCAUAAACAAUGUAGGUGAUGAGCAAAACACCACCAACAACUUCCAUGGCAAUCAUGGAAGGGUUGUUCCAUCCUCCGUUGGCGUAGGAGUAAAGGGAACAUGGGAGCAGCAUCAAGGAGAAAGCGAAACCGAUGAGGAGGAGCCCGAAAGCGUCGAUCUCAAUCAGAGCAGUCUUGAUCUGACUAAGACCGAUCUUUGGAGCAGCAAUAAGUUUCUUGCCAUCUCCGUUGAUACGGUAGUCGACCCAGAAAAUCAGGGCAAUAGCUGGCAACAAAGCUGCUGGGGUGAUGAUUGCAAACAUACCGUAACCCCAUCUCCAGUUGGCAGUGACAAUGUUCUGGACAAUAUAACCGGAAACCCAGGUAGUACAGAGGUAAGGAGUGGAAAGCAGACCAAGGACGGCAGAAAUGGUUGGGGAGCAUGCGGCGACAAUGAAACCAAUCACGUACAGCAAAAGAAUGACCAUGUAGGCAAUAGCUCUGGAAGUCAAGUCGGACAGUUUAGCGAUGAACGGCUUACAAACGGCACCAAUGACGGAGGUUGCAAUACUCAAGGUGGACAACAUGGAGUGACGGUUGAACUGCGAGGUAGCAUAAGGCUGGUAGUUGUAGGUGGUGGAACUAUCCAGAGAGUAGGUCCAAGAACACAGGUAGAUGGAGAGAACAAAAAUUGUCAAGUAUUUCCAUCCCAUGGUUCUUUUCACGUUCUCAAUUCUAGCCACACCCCGUGGGAGCCCUUCUUCAACUCCAUGGUCAUCGACCAAUUCGGAGCCAGAGCUGUUUUUCAGUUCCUCACUCAUUUGUUUCUUGAUAUUACUUUCUAA